UCGUAAUAGAUACAGAAUAAUAAACUUAUUAUUUUAAUUUAGACAUUGAAAUAGCGUAGUUUCCGAAAUAAACAAUAUUGUUAUAUUCGCGUCGCGUGGGAACGUAUUUCAAGUUCAUCAUAAAAAAACAAAUAAAUCGUCAACUGUCUAUGCCCCACCAUUUUUAAUUUUCCUGCGAGGAGGCGUCACUGUCUUUCAGCUUCCAGUCAAAGACGACGGUUUCGCGCGAAAAAAUCUAAAAUCUCCCUUGUCUAUGAUCUGGAUCCUUUGUGUAUAGUAAUUGAUUGGGUUGUUUAUAAAUAGUGGAAGUUACAACUUGCCCUUCGAGAUCUUCGGUUGACGGACACAGGAGACGACAUGUACCGAUGUAUCCUGCCAAUUAUGCUGUGCAUAACAGUGCACAGCGCACCACAGGACAGCGACAUCACAUACGUCAAGAUCCAACCAUUGAACAUCGACGCCCAGCCAAUCAGAGAGCCCAGAAUCGACCAGAUUUCAGACCAAUCUAAUCACAUCCAAAACACAACAGAAAAGCCUACAUCACCCGGCAAAGUAGAACUUACGACUCCAAUUAUAGAUUCUAUCAACGAACACAUAGAUCCGUCUUUAAUUAACAAGCUAAAUAGAAUAUCUACAGACGAUCCGAAUCGCCCGACAUAUUUGAAUAACCAAACUGAAAAUAAGACUCCAGAAAAUCCAUACAGAUUCAUUAGAAGCGAUGUUAGUUUUGAAACUACAACGGAUGCAGCGACAGAAAAUGUUCCUACAAUUCAGUAUACAAAAACACCACUCCAAUACUUGUCUAAAUUAAGUUAUUAUAAGUCAACAGCGUCGUACGGCGGUUCCGAUGUCAACCUGGUGGAGAGAACCGGCAAAAGGGGAUUUAAAUCUAAAUGCAGGUGUGAGAAGAUCUGGAACUGCCCCAAAUUGCAGAUCACGGUUCCAAGAUGCCCGAACGAAUAUUUCUUGUGCUGUUUUUGAUUGAAAUUGAUUGAUGAAUUUUGCAAUUUUCUCGAAAGUCUGAAAUCAAAAUAUGUAUAAUAACCAUUUAAAGUGAAAUGAGAAUUAAUCAAUUUAAAUUUUCGUGUGAAUUUAAAAUUUGAAUGAAAUUAGCAAUCUAAGGUCUGCAUUAGUUUAUUCAAUAAUUAGUUGCUAGUCGGACGCGUCUAAAAUCCGACACUAAUAUCGGAUUAGAGUGUCAUGAAUUUUAAUGAUCUUUUUCUUUUGAUUUCCAUAGACAUGUAUGUGGCCUGCUAUAUACGUAACAGCCUUUUUUAUUUUGCGUUGAUCUAUGGUAAUACCAGGCCUAUGUUACAUUAUAAGCGAGAUUUUUCUAAUGUGAUAAUCCCACCGAGAAGUCACUUUUCAAAAUUCAUAUCCUGGAAAAUCAAAUGCAAAAUUUAAACAAUUUGUAUUUAAUAUAAGUUGUAAUUGUAAAACUGUGAAUAUAAUUUAGUUAAUGUUUAAAUUGCAAUUAAACUGAAACCAAUA